AUGGUUUCUAGCUGUCCCCUGUAUAAGUUGAAAGUGCUCAACCUCAAAGGGUCCGAAAACCUGAUCAAGGCACCGGACUUAACAACUGCCCCAAAUCUUGAAAUUUUGGUUUUGAAAGGUUGUACUAGAUUAGUAUAUAUUCAUCCAUCUGUUGGAAAUCUGAGCAGUCUUGUUUUGUUAAAUUUGAAAGAUUGCAGGAACCUUGUGAGUGUCCCAGGGAGCAUAGGUGGGUGUAAAAGUUUAAAAACUCUUAAUCUUUCUGGUUGUUAUAAAGUUGAUUAUUUGCCAGAGAAUUUGCAGCAACUAGAGUUUUUGGAAGAGCUUGACUUAAGAAAAACAGCCUUACGAAAACCGCCAUCCUUCAUUUCUCAAUUAAAAAAUCUUAUAGUUUUGUCAUUCGAUGGGCGCAAGGCAAUUCAAAGAGGAAGGAUAAAUUCCAUGACUUCGAUGUUACCUUCAUUGUUAGGUUUGAGUUCAUUAAAAGAGCUGAAUCUAAGGGACUGCAAUCUUUUCGAUAUUCCUGGUGAUAUUUGUUGUCUAUAUUCAUUAGAAGAACUUGAUCUCAGUGGUAACAACUUCAUCGGCAUACCUUCUUCUCUUACUCGUCUUUCCAAGCUUGAAUUUCUUCGAUUGUCGAAUUGCAAGGAGCUUAAAUCGUUGCCUGAACUUCUAACAAGUAUAAAAAAUGUGUGGACAGAUGGUUGUACUUCACUUGAAUUAGUUGCAAAUCCAUCAAAAGUAUACAAUUCGAUCUAUUGGUCUAAGUAUAAUGGUAUUCACUGCUACAGAUUGGCUGAGAACAUCGAUGCCUUAACAUUGCUGAAAAACCAUCUAAAGGUAUUUGGAAAUUCAAGAGAAGUAUUUGAUAUUAUUAUGCCUGGAAGUGAAACUCCGGAAUGGUUUAGUCAACAGAGAAAUGACUCUUCGAUUAAGAUAGAUUUGCCUCUGGAAGUUUGGAAUGAUAGUCAAUGGAUGGGAGUUGUAUUGUGCUGCAUUUUUGUCAGUGAUGAUGCUUCAAGGGCUGAGGAACUCAUGUGUGCAGCUUUUAUUAAUAAUAGAUAUUCUAGACAAGCCAAUUGCACUCAAUCUAAUUUCCAGGGUAGAAAUCCUCGAGAGGCCAGGUGGGGUAUCUGUAUUUUCCCGCCUGAAGAACAGCCCGUGAUGAAGGACCACAUUUUCAUUCGUUAUUUCUCACGUGACGAGUUGUAUCAGAUUUCCUUGAAACACAAAUGUGGUGGAUGUGAAACCGAUAAUUUAUGGGCAACAGAUUGCUUAGAUCAGGAACUUGAGUUGUCUUUCGAAGUAGGGAUUUGCAUAGCCAGUGUUAAGGUGAAGAAGUGUGGUGCUAGAUUAGUCUAUGAGAGAGAUUUGGAAGAUAUGGAACAAAUACAAGAGCUGCAUAGUAGUCAGUGUUGUGCGAAUUUUGAAGAUAUCCAGCAAUACUCUGAUGAUGUGGGAUCAAUAGGCAAUGGUUCCCUUAUAAAGCGAAAACGUAAUAUCUACGAGGAUAUGGAUGAAGGGCUGCAACCAAAACGAAUUCACAAAAUUUUUACAUUUCUUUUAAUUUUAAUUUUGAUUUUUUUAAUUUUUUUUAUUUUUAUAGUUUUUGAAUUAUUUGUUAACAUGAUAUAUUAAACAAAUUAUAUUAUGUUAGCAUGAUAUGUAUAUAAACUCCCGUAUGAUUUGCAAUGCCAACAAUGUUUAAAAAAAUAAUGUUUUAGUCAUUGUUUCCAUUAAAAAAUAA